AUGAAGAUGAAUGAUUCGAGCAAGCUGAAGAAGUUGUAUCAAAUAGAGGAGAAGAAGUUUGCAGAGAGGGUGAGGAGAUACGAGGAUAUAGGGCACAUGAUGGAUACACAUCAAUUUUACUUGGAGGAUGUUGUGCUAAAGAAAGAGGAAAUGCUUUACAAGUACAUCUCGCCCUCCCAAGGCAUAGCCGAGCUUUCCGAGGAGGACAGUCUAGGCUUUGAUUACGAGUUCAUACACAAGAGUGUUGGAAACAAGGAGUGGAGGGGAGGGAUUUCGACCGGCGAGAUGAUAAAGGUCAGAAAGUUGCCCUGCACCAACCUAGCUCACGGAGGUGAAAGGAAUGCCCGCACAUCCUCGAGAAUGCAAAAGACAAAGGGAGGAAGGGUGUAUGCAUGUGAAAUAGAAGGAUGCAAUAAAAAGUACACGUCUUCCUUUGGACUUAAGUAUCACAUGAAGGAAGGUCACUCCGAGGAGAAGAUGAACAUAUUCAAGCCCUAUGUCUGCCCAUUUUCCGGGUGCGACAAGAAGUACAAGAACAACAACGGGCUUAAGUACCACAUAAAGCACUACCACGACGGCCAGACGGCCUGA